UACAUGCUUCCUACCGAUAAACUAUGGAUUGCACAAAGAAUAGUUAAUGCCCAAUAUUACCCCAUUAAUAAAGUUUGGCUUGGUGGGACGCCCGUAAUCAGUAUUUACCAUCCAGACGAUGCACAGAUGUUACUUAGCAGCACAAAACAUAUUGAAAAAAGUAUGCUUUAUAAAUUCCUGCAUCCUUGGCUAGGCUCUGGCUUGUUGACUACCUCUGGUGAUAAAUGGCAAAAACGUCGAAAAAUGUUAACACCAGCCUUCCAUUUUGGGAUUCUACAAGGUUUCGUUGAAGUUUUUGUAGAGCAAGGAGAAAACUUAGUCAAUCGUUUAAAAUCUAAGGGACCCUUAGUCAUUGAAGACAUUGUGCCGCUGCUAACGGAAUGUACAUUAAAUUCAAUAUGUCAAACUGCCAUGGGCACCUCUUUGCAGAAGAUGGAUACUCAAAAUUUGUAUGGAACUGCCAUUCGAGAAGUUUCCGAUAACUUAUUUUUCAGGGCAUUGAGACCAUGGCUUCACUUUGACUGGCUAUUCAAUUUAACACCGACAGGAAUAAGACAGCAAAAAGUUAUAAAGAUUCUUCACGGGUUUUCUAACAACAUUAUAAAAAACCGAAAGAAGAAUCACGAACGCACGUCACACGAAAAUGAAAAAAAUUCUUUAUUGACGAAAAAUGAUUCAGAAGAUGAUAAGUUUGAGAGGAAAGUUAGGAUGGCUAUGCUUGAUGUUCUCAUAACCGCUGCAAAUGAAAAUGCUGAUAUUGAUGACACUGGCAUUAGGGAGGAAGUAGAUACAUUUGUCUUCGAGGGACAUGAUACAACAGCGAUGGGUUUAUGUUUCACAUUAUUACUUUUGGCCGAAAACAAAAAGAUUCAGGAAAUAGCCAGGACGGAAAUUUACGAAAUCCUAACCGAAAGUGAUGGAAAGAUGGGGAUGACGGAAAUUAAUCGUCUCAAUUAUCUCGAUCGAUGCAUCAAGGAGGCUCUGCGAUUGUUUCCCAGCGUACCGGGCGUUGCGCGAGUUAUUGACGAGGAUUUGCAACUCAAGAACUACUUGGCACCAGCUGGAACAAACAUUCAUUUACACAUUUUCGAUCUGCACAGAGAUCCAAAGUUUUGGCCAGAUCCUCUGGUAUACGACCCAGAUAGAUUUUUACCUGAGAAAGUUCAGAACAGACAUUCAUUCUCGUACAUACCAUUUAGUGCAGGCCCUCGAAAUUGUAUAGGUCAAAAAUUUGCUAUGCUGGAAAUAAAAGCUCUCAUGGCCCAUUUAGUCUAUCACUUUGAUAUGGAAGCAAUUGAUGAGUCUCAAAAUGUUAUUCUACUCCAAGAUUUGACUAUGAGACCCGGCCAACCAGUUCGAGUAAAAUUUAGGACGAGAAAUGUAAAAUAAGAUAAAAAUGUAUUAUAUAUGUAUUCAUAUAAAUUA